CAAACUCUUAACUUAGAACCAAAAUGAGCUACAGGAAGUAUUGUAGCCGCCACUGUAGAGUCCAUAGUCUUAUUGACACCGUGUAGUGUUUUCAGAGUUUAUCCAAUGUUUGUAGAGUUUGUGAAAGAAGUCAACUUGGCCACAGCUGUGUUAUGGUGUGUCUUUGUGUUGAUAGCUCACCCAUGUCAGGACAUGAAGUGAAAGCAAAAGCAUAACUUUCUCUCCGUCCAUUUUGAGACGACAGAGAGGUAAUGGAAAACAUUGAAAGCUAGCCAUAGAGAAGACAACACAGUCAGCUGAUAUGGUCAGAAGUUAGUCCCGGACUGACUUGGUCUGUCCCAUAGGAAAGGGGGCAUGGCUAGCAAAACAAGUCUCUCUGGGGAGGGAGAGGAGGCCUCCACCUCCAAAAUGAGUGUCCUUACAGACCACCCCACACCUUUUGAAGCUAAGAGGUUGAAGCAGCAGCGAGAAGAGAUAAGAUCAGUCUCACCUGUGCCCAGCUGUGUGUCCAUGAAGAGUGAUCGGUCUAUGACGCAACCAAUUAAGUUCUGUGAUGAACCAUUUCCAGAUCAAAGGUUGAAGCAGCAGCGAGAAGAGAUAAGAUCAGUCUCACCUGUGCCCAGCUGUGUGUCCAUGAAGAGUGAUCGGUCUAUGACGCAACCAAUGAAGUUCUGUGAUGAACCGUUUCCAGAUCAAAGGCUUCAACAGGAGAGAUCAGAGUCUCCUGUCCUCAGUUGUGGGUCUAUGGCAGAAAUCGAUGAUAGGUUAAAAUCCAAGCUGAAGAGAAAGUUUCAGUGUGUGUUUGAGGGGACAGCACAGCAAGGAAACCCUACACUUCUCAAUGAGAUCUAUACAGAGCUUUACAUCACAGAAGGUGGAAGCGGAGAGGUCAACAAUGAACAUGAGGUGAGACAGAUUGAUACACUAUCCAGGCGACUAGCAACACAAGAGACACCUAUCAAAUGCAAUGACAUCUUUAAACUCUUACCGGGACAAGACAAACAUGUCAGAACUGUUCUGACGAAAGGAGUUGCGGGGAUCGGAAAAACUGUCUCUGUGCAGAAGUUCAUUCUAGACUGGGCCGAGGGAAAAGCUAAUCAGGAAAUCCAGUUAAUAUUCCCUCUUCCUUUCAGGGAGCUGAAUUUGAUGGAGGGGAAAAAACACAGUUUGGUAGAACUCCUUCAUUGUUUUUUCAAGGAUACAAAAGAAUCCGAAAUAUUAAUUAACGAUGACUUCAAAGUUCUCUUUAUCUUUGACGGUCUGGAUGAAUGUCGACUUCCUUUAGACUUCCAGAACAAUAACAGUUUGAGGGAUGUCACAGAGUCAACCUCAGUGGAUGUGCUGCUGACAAACCUCAUCGAGGGGAAUCUGCUUCCUAAUGCUCUCCUCUGGAUAACGUCCCGACCUGCAGCAGCCAAUCGUAUUUCUCCCGACUGUGUUGACCAGGUGACAGAAGUACGAGGGUUCAAUGACCCACAGAAGGAGGAAUACUUCAGGAAGAGAAUCCAUUCUCCGAACCUGGCUAGCAGAAUCAUCACGCACAUGAAAUCAUCAAGGAGCCUCUACAUCAUGUGCCACAUACCAGUCUUCUGUUGGAUUGCAGCAACUGUUCUAGAGAGGCUGGUGGGUGGUGCAGAGAGUGGAGAGAUCCCCAAGACGCUGACACAAAUGAACCUUCACUUUCUGAUCUUUCAGACGAGGUUAAGAAACAAGAAAUAUCCUGGGAGAAGUGGGACAGAUCCUGAGUGGAACACGGAUAAAGAGAUGAUUCUGAAACUGGGCAAACUGGCCUUUGAACAGCUGGAAAAGGGCAAUCUAAUCUUCUAUGAGGAAGACCUGAGAGAGUGUGGCAUUGAUGUCAAAGAAGCAUCAGUGUACUCAGGAGUGUGCACACAAGUCUUCAGGGAGGAGUGUGGGCUGAACAAGGGGAAGGUAUACUGCUUUGUGCAUCUUAGCAUUCAGGAGUUUCUCGCUGCUUUAUACGUGUUUCUCUCGUUUGUGAACAACAACAGAAAUCUAAUGUUGAAACAGCAAUCCAGGUCCACACCUACAAUCGACCUCUACAAGAGUGCCGUGGAUCAAGCCAUUCAGAGUGCCAAUGGACACCUGGACCUGUUUCUCCGCUUCCUUCUCGGCCUUUCACUGAAGUCCAAUCAGACUCUCUUAAGAGGCCUACUGGUACAGACAGGAAGCAGCUCAUGCACCAAUGAGGAAACGGUUGAGUACAUCAAGGAGAAGAUCAGGGAGAAUCCCUCAUUGGAGAGAUGCAUUAACUUGUUCCACUGUCUAAACGAGCUGAAUGACCAUUCUUUAGUGGAGGAGAUCCAAAGCUACCUGAGCUCAGGAAGUCUCUCUGAAGAUCUCUCUCCUGCACAGUUGUCAGCUUUGGUUGUUGUGGUGUUGACUUCAGAAGAGGAGCUGGAUGUGUUUGAGCUGAGAAAAUACUCCAGAUCAGAUGAGGGUCUUCUGAGGAUGCUACCGGUGGUCAAAGCCUCCAGAACAGCUGUGCUAACUUACUGCUACCUCACUGAGAGAUGCUGCAAAGCCCUAGCCUCAACUCUCAGCUCGACCUCAUCGGGUCUGAGAGAGUUGGACCUGAGUAAAAAUGACCUGAAGGAUUCCGGAGUGGCACUGCUCUCCAUUGGACUGGGGAGUCCACAAUGUAAACUUGAGUCACUGAGGCUCUCAGGUUGUAGAGUCACUGGGAAAAGCUGUGCUUCUCUGGCUUCAGCUCUGAAGUCAAACCCCUCCCACCUGAGAGAGUUGGAUCUGAGUGGGAGUAAUCCAGGAGACUCAGGCGUGAGCCUGCUCUCUGCUGCACUAGAGGAUCCACUCUGUAAACUGGAGACACUGAGGCUAUCACGUUGUAGUGUCACAGAGGAAGGCUGUGCUUCUCUGGCUUCAGCUCUGAGGUCAAACCCCGCAAACCUGAGAGAGCUGGACCUGAGCUGCAAUUACCCAGGUGACUCAGGAGUGAAACUGCUCUCUGCUCUACUGGAGGAGCCACACAAACUGAAGACUCUAAGGCUGAAUACCUGUAAACUUACUGAGAACUGCUGUCAAGCUCUGGCUUCAGCUCUCGGUUCAAACUCCUCGAGUCUGAGGGAGCUUGACCUGAGUAAAAAUAACCUGCAGGAUUCAGGAAUGACGCUGCUCUGUGCUGGACUGGGGAAUCCACACUGUAAACUGGGGAUGCUAACGCUGUCGGAGUGUGGAUUCACAGACAAAGGCUGUGCGUCUCUGGCUUCAGCUCUGAGGUCAAAUCCUUUACACCUGAGAGAACUGAAUAUGAGCUGGAACUACCCAGGUGACUCAGGAGUGAAGCUGAUCUCCGCUUUACUGGAGGAUCCAUGCUGCAAACUGAAGACACUGAGAUUAAGUCCAUGGGCCAGAGACUGGUGACAGAACUGGAGGAUGGAAGGACAUCCUAGCCCAGCAGAGUGGAUGUGUAGUUACUGUUAUUGGGAAACUUGCUUUUCAGAGCCGGAAAGCUGCUUUCACUGUCCAAACAGGAGGAAACAAAAUAGCCUGUAUGGAUCUCAGAUCUCAGUGGCAGAUGUCCUGAAUAUCACAUCCCUAUUCUAAUAGUGUGUACCAAGUCAUAAGUAAGAGGUGGGACCAAGUCAUAAGUAAGUCUCAAGUCUUAGCACUCAAGUCCCAAGUCAAGACAGGCAAGUCUGAGUCAAGUCUCAAGUCAAGACUGUCAAGUAUCAAGUCAAGUCUCAAGUCCUAAACUUUGAGUUUCGAGUUCUAAGUCAUAAUGUGCUCUUCACCAAAUGUAAUACCAUUUCAUAUAAGAGUAAUAGUUAGUAUAUUACAUUUACGCAAAUCAUGAAUGCUUUUAAAAAUAUAUUUAUUACUUUCCAAAUAAACUUUAUAUUUCCAUGGAACUACAUGGGUAGCCAUGAGAAAGACCCCCCAAUAGCGAUCGAUUAUCGAGGAUCGCUAUGUGGCGCAAUCUGGCAAUGUGGGCUUGUACACAAUCGCCCAACCUUAACACACACAUACACACACACUGUGUGUGUGGUUACAGUAGGCUAACGUAUGUCAAUGAUUUUAGGAACAGCAGUAACAUCAGGCAGGAUUUAGGCUACCAACAGCCUAGCCAGUUGUAGCUCAAUUUUGGGUGCAAUGAUCACGUUCCCGCAUUGACUGACUGGAGGCUCAUUGAUUUAACGUUACGUUAGCCAACAUGCUACACUGGCAAAGUUAUGAAUGAUAUAGCUGUCGGCUAUAUUAGCCACGACUUACCGUUCUUUGUGCAGCUUCAAAUGUCGAACAAAGUUGGAAGUUGUUGCGCCUCCGUCUGUCAUUUUCUUCCCGGAUGUUUUGCAAGUUGCAAUCCGUUUUUUUGUUGAUACAGCGUAGUCUUUAUAUCCGAAAAUAAUAAUUUUGGAUAUCAUCUUUCCAAGGGCUCCAUCUGAAUUCACCCGCCGACGUUCUUCUGCACUGCCACACGCAACUUUUUCUCAGCUGGCACAAUUUUAUUGGCUGCUGUCCGAUUCAUAUUGUAAUCCGUUAAAUGAAGAGUUGAUGCGCUGCACACUUUUUUUAAUAGCAUCAUUUUUAAUAUUUGGGCUUGGGGAGGGUAUCAAGUCAGUUUGAGUCAAAAGGCUCAAGUCCAAGUUAAGUCACGAGUCAUUGGUGUUAAAGUCAAAGUCGAGUUGCAAGUCAUCAUAUUUGUGACUCGAGUCUGACUUGAGUCCAAGUCAUGUGACUCGAGUCCACACCGCAGGUACUUAGCCUGGGGAAGUACACACUACUCCUAGUACUACUCUGAGACACUUUAUGAAUACUGGCCCGGAUCCUCCUCGGCUUCAUCCAUCUUCUUAAGUAAUGAGGAUUCAACAACAACACAAUUUAACAAACACUCACCCAUUGGUCAUAUGACCCAUUGUAUACUGUAAAAUACAGAGUGUACAAAAACAUUAGGAAAUCCUGCUCUUUCCAUGACGAUUGACCAGGUGAUUGACGUCACUUGUUAAAUCCACUUCAAAAAUCAGUGUAGAUGAAGGGGAGGAGACAAGUUAAAGAAGGAUUUUUAAGCCUUGAGACAUGGAUUGUGUGCCAUUCAGAGGUCGAAUGGGCAAGGCAAAAGAUUUAAGUGCCUUUGAACGGGGUAUGGUAGUAGGUGCAAGGCACACUAGUUUGAGUGUGUCAAGAACUGCAACGCUGCCGGGUUUUCCACGCUCAACAGUUUCUCGUGUGUGUCAAGAAUGGUCCACCCCAACAAAGGAAAUCCAGCCAACUUGACACAACUGUGGGAAACAUUGGAGUCAACACCUUGUAGAGUCCAUAUUGAGGGCAAAAGGGGGUGCAACUCAAUAUUAAUAAAGUGUUCCCGAAUUUGUUGUACACAAUGUAUAUAAUGUGUUAAAAAAAUUACUCUAGUGUCAUUAUGUAUUUUUGUAUGUUCAAGCUUGUGCAAUACAAAUUGUAUCUGUUUCAAUGUA